CUCUCUUUCUCUCUCUCUGUUCAUACCUCCAGCCAGUCAGCGUUGACUCGUCGCAGCAGGAAGAUCACUUCUCCCCUCUUCAGGUUUAACUCUGCCUUGCCGUUGCCGCGAAAGUCAAACAUUGCCUGAAAGAAGAAGAAGAAGAAGAGGCAAACACGAGCGAGUGAGUGAGAGAAGAGAGGACCGAGAGAGGCAGACGGACCGAACGUAAAGCGAACCAUGACGGCUGGCAGAAUGGUAAUGACAGAUCUGUUAAAAGCUGAGGAGAUCAAGAAAGGUCUUGAUGCCUUUGUAGGAACAACCUUUGAACCUAAGAAAUUCUUUGAAAUGGUGGGAAUGAAGGCCAUGUCAGCUGAAAACGUCAAGAAGGUCUUCCAGGUUCUGGAUGUGGAUGGUAGCGGGUUUAUAGAGGAGGAGGAGCUCAAGUUCGUACUGAAGGGCUUUUCUAAAGAUGGCAGGGAUCUGACUGAUGCAGAGACAAAAGCAUUCCUCCAAGCUGCUGACAAAGAUGGAGAUGGCAAGAUCGGCAUUGACGAGUUUGAGGCCUUGGUGCAUGAGUAGGGGGUGUCUGAAUCCCCUUCCUCCUCCUCAUCAUCAUCAUCCCCACAUUUAUAUUUUGUAACUGAAACCUUCAAGCUCUUCUGUUCUCCCUGCAGACCUCAAACAUGCAGAGCACAUCAGCUCCACAUUAAACACUAACAAAAAAAAAAAGCCAGUGAGGAGUCACCAUGAGAGGAAGCACAGAAAAAUAGGCUUAGGGUAUCAGUUUCAUUUAUAAGUUUUCAUUUUUUUAUAUAUUUACCCACAAAUGCUGUAUGGAUUUCAGGAAAGUUUGUGGUCUAGUCUGAAAACAGGGGAUUGUAGUGCUGUGAAUGGUGUAGAUGUUCAAAACUCCUUCAAUCUCAGUUUUUUCAUACAUUCAUUUGUGCAUUUUGCCUCAACUAGUUUUCUUUUUUAUUAUUUCUUUGGAUGCUCACAUAUCAGUUUAGUUUCUUCCCUCUCUUCUUCCAACCUCUCUAACCUUAAUUCACCUCUAUCCCUUCUUCUUCCUCCUCCUCCUCCUCACUCUCUGCCUCUGACCACGUGAUGUAGUGAAAAAAAAUCCUUUCUAAGGAGAGCUGUGAAGAGAAACGACAUCAGUAAGAAACAACAAUAAAAAAACAUUUUGAAA